AUGAACGCAGCACACAAGGGUGUCCGUCUGACGCGUCGCGCCUGCCUGGUCGGGGCGGGCGCUGCGCCUUUGGCGGCCAGCGCCGCCGGCAAGGCCGCGGCAAAGACCCUGAAGAACACCGGCGCGCUGCCUGAUCAUGACGAGUUCGGGGACAUUCAGGGCGUCUAUCUCAAUUCCGGCUCGGUCCAUCCCUUCAGCCGCGGCGCCCGCCGUUCCGUAGAGCGCUUCCUGCAGUCGCGCAGCAUGAGCGGGGAGCCCGAAGGCUACAGCAUGAACCAGAUGCGCGACAGCGUGCUGGCGCGCUAUGCGGCGCUGAUCAAUGCCGAGGUGUCUGAAGUCGCCUAUGUGUCCAGCACGUCGGCGGGCGAGGCGCUGGUCGUCAAGGCGCUGGGUCUGCCGCAACGCGGCGGACGCAUCGUCACGGACGCCCUGCACUUCUUCGGCUCCUUCCAUCUUUAUAACGAGUUGAGCGCUGCGGGCAUGGAUGUGGUCAUCAUCCGUCCCCGCGAGGAUCACCAGAUCCAUCUUGAGGACAUGGCCGCCGCCAUGACCAAUGACACGGUGCUGGUGGCGGUGUCGGCCAUCUCCACCAUCAACGGUUUCCAGCAUGACCUCGCCGCCGUCGCCGAAAUGGCCCAUGCCCAUGGCGCGAAGGUCUAUGUGGACGCGAUCCACGCGAUCGGGGCGGUUCCCUUUGACGUUCGGGCCAGCAAUAUCGAUUUUGCCGCAGGGUCCAGCUUCAAAUGGCUGAUGGGCGAUAUGGGCCUGGGCUUCGCCUAUAUCCGCCAGGACCUGAUCGCUGAGGUUCAGCGCCCCUGGGCGGGCUAUCACCAGCUCGCCAGUUUCGCCAGUCAUGUCUACCCCUAUGACGCGCCGGGCGACGUCGCCUUCGAAACGGGCGCGCGGGAGGACGCGACGGGCCUCUUCGCCAUGGGCACCUUCUCAAAUACCGGCGUCGCGCAUCUGGACUGGUCGCUCGAUUACAUCAGCCGUCUCGGCGUUGAGACCAUUCAGGCGCAUCGCCAGCCGCUGAUCGAGAAGGCCCGCCGUGAAAUGCCGCGACUGGGCUUCGAGCCGCUGACGGCGGAGGACAGCACCGGACCGCUGAUCAGCUGGGCGCGUGAAAACGCGCGCGCCGAGCUUUAUGAGCGCCUGGCUGCGGCGGGCGUGGAGGUGUCACUGUCGCGUCACCGGCUUCGCAUCUCGCCUUCCGUCUUCAACACAGAGGCGGAUAUCGACCGGACGGUCGCCGAGACGCUUGACUAUGCCAGCUGCAUGACUGCGCUGCGCCCCGCGAUGAUUGCGCUCUCCACGGGGGCGGACAAUCCUUCGCUGCGCAGUUUCAUAGGGUUGGGCGAGGGGCGGACCUUCGCCCUGAUGCCGGGCAAUCUGGGCGAACUGGGCUUCGGCGCCAAGCUUGUCAGCGUGUUUCAGACCGAGCAAGGCAAGACCCAUGAGGGUCUGGUCAUCCUGUUUGACGCUGAAACCGGCGCGCCGGUUUGUGUGGCGGAUGGCGGCGCAGUCACGCGCAUCCGCACUGCGGCCAUGAGCGCGCUCGCCACUGAUGUCCUGGCAAGACCCGAUGCGCGCCGCCUUGCGCUUCUGGGCGCCGGGGCGCAGGCGCGCGCGCAUGCCGAGGCGCUGAUGAAGGUGCGGCCGUUUGAGGCCAUCGUUCUCUGGGCGCGAAACCCGGAUCAGGCCCGCGAUCAGGCCAGGGCGCUUGAGGCGCAGACCGGCGUCGCGGUUCAAGUCGCAAAUACUGCAGAGGCCGCCGUCACGGGGGCGGAUGUCAUUUGCACCGUCACGGGCGCCCGCGAUCCAGUGCUGUCGGGCGACUGGGUGCAACCGGGCGCGCAUAUCAAUCUGGUCGGAUCGUCCGGACCGAUGGCGGCGGAAACGGACGCCGCCCUAUUGCUGAAAUCCACCGUGUUUCCCGAUCACCGCCCGCAUGUGAUCGCCCAUGGCGGCGAGGUGCUGCGCGCGGUCGAGGCGGGACAGUACGCCACAGAUCAGCUGGGACCGGAGAUCGGUCAGGUGCUGGCCGGGGACAAACCGGGGCGCCAGUCGGAUCAGGAGAUCACGGUCUACAAGUCGCUGGGGCACGCCGUUCAGGACGAUCAGCUGAGGAAAGGCGUUGGCCUCUUCCCGGUCAUUGCGCUGGGCCUGGGCACGGCGAUUGGCGUGUCGAUCUUCUCGGUCAUCGCCCCGGCCACCGCGCUGGCCGGCCCGGCCAUGCUGCUCUCGGUCGUGCUGGCCGCGGUCCCCAUGUUCGUCAUUGCGGUCACCUACGCCUUCAUGGGAUCGGCAUUGCCCGCGUCGGGCGCGUCCUAUGAAUGGCCGCGGCGCUUCGUGUCCGAAAAGCUCGCCUUCAUCAUCGUCUGGCUGCGGAUCGCGGGGAAUGUGGGCGCCAUGUUCAUCCUGGCGCUGGUGCUUGUCAGAUACCUGUCCUUCCUCGUGCCGCUGCCGACCAAACUCACCAUGGCGGGCCUGUUCGUGCUGGUGUUCGGGCUCAACAUUCUGGGCGUCUCGAUCGCAGCGACGGUGCAGACCGCGCUGAUGGUGGUGCUGGUGGGGUUCUUCGCCAUCUUUGUCGGGUUCGGCGGCACAGGCGUUCAGCCUGACGCCUUCAGCCCCUUCCUGGGCGGCGGAUGGAGCGGUGUGUUCGCCGCCAUCCCGUUGCUGGUGGGGCUGUUCUUCGGUAUCGAAGCGGCGACGGAAGUCGGCGGCGAGGUGCGAAACAGCCGCCGCAACAUUCCGCUCGGCAUCGCGCUGGCGAUCAGUACGGCCGUGGUGGUCUACCUCCUGGUCGGUGGAGUGACGCUGGGUCUUCUGGGCGUUGAACGCCUCGCGGCAAGCGAAACGCCUAUCCUCGACGCCAUGGCCGAACUGGUCGGCCGCGAUCUCGCUCAACUCAUUGUCGCACUGGCGGCGGUCGCGGCGAUCGGCACGUCUCUGAACGCGCUUGCCAUGGGCUUCAGCCGUUCGCUCUACGCCAUGGGGCAGAGCGGGGCGCUGCCGUCGGCGUUGGGGCGUGUGCAUCCGCGUUUCGGCACGCCCUAUGUGGCGCUGGCGACCAUGUUCGUCGCCUGCAUUCUGGGCCUGUUCAUGCCGACCAGCCUCGCGCCGCUCUUUCUGGCGGUGAAUAUCCCGACCUUGCUGAAAUUCUGCACCACCUGCCUGUCAUCCAUCGUGGUCGUCCGCACCCGACCGGAGCUCUAUGAAAGCGCCGGUUUCAAGCUGGGCAAGGCCGCCACCCAGAUCUGGGCGGUGCUGGGCAUGGUGAUGGCGCUGCUCGUCACCGCACUGGGCGUCUCCACCGACUGGCGGCCCUAUCUGGCGCUGAGCCUGUGGCGGGUGGUGGGCGUCGGCGUCUAUCUGAUGCGCCCGCUCUGGACCAAGGAGACCUCUCAUAUUGAGCUCGGCCAGACGGCGCAAACCACGCAUGAAGGCGUCUUCCACGGUGAAGCUGUCGCCUAUGACGCGCUCGUGGAGACCUAUCUGCUGUCCGGACCGGAUGGUGAAACGGCGGGCCGGCUUGUGACCACCAGCUAUGUGGCGCAGGGCGCAGGCGAUCCGGCGGAGCGCCCGGUGCUGUUUCUGUUCAAUGGCGGGCCCGGCGCCUCCACCACGCCGCUUCAUCUGAGCGCUUUCGGGCCCAUGCGCCGGUUCGGCGACGGCGAAACCGCCUAUAUGCAGCCCAACCCGGACAGCCUUCUGGAUACAGCCGAUCUCGUCUUCAUCGAUCCGGUGGGGACGGGCUUCUCCAUCCCUGAAGCCGAGGAGGACGGCGCACAGUUCUGGAGCCGGGAAGGGGAUGCGCUGUCGGUGGCGGCGGUGAUCGAGCGCUGGCUGGACCGCCAUGGCCGUACGACCUCGCCUCGCUAUGUGCUGGGACAGUCCUAUGGCACGUUGCGCGCCGCGGAGAUCGCCCGACUGGCCCCUGAACUGGAACUGGACGGAAUUCUCCUCUUCGCGCUUGUCCCUGACAGGGCGGAGGGCGACGUCUCCUACGCGCUCAGCUUUCCGAGCAUGAGUGCGGCGGCCUGGUAUCAUGACCGGAUCGACCGGGAGUGGCGCAGCGGCUCUGAUGUCUUUGAAGAGGCGGUCGCCUACGCCCGGACCCGCUAUCUGCCUGCGCUGGCUCAAGGUGACGCGCUCAGCACAGCGGACGAGGACGAGAUCGCAGAGGCGCUGUCCAGCUUUGUCGGUCUGACCGCGGACUACAUCCUCGAAAAGGAUCUCCGGCUGAGCAAUGAGGACUUCAUGUUCGAAUUGCUGGCCGAUGAGCGCCUGCGCACGGGGCAGCUGGAUGCGCGCGCCACGCGGCGCCUCGAUGCGCCCGCCCAGCGUCCGCCCUAUGACGAUCCGGGCCUGAGUUAUCACCCCGGUGAGCCUUCAGAGCCCGAAGGCGAGCCCGCCUUCAGCUUUGACGCAGCGGCCUAUCCCUCGAUCGUCGAGGCCUAUUACGACGAAGUGUUGGGAUUUGAUCCGGAGCGGCCCUAUCGCGCGCUCAAUCUCGAGGUGAAUGCGGCGUGGGAUCAUCAGGGCUGGCGGCCGGCCAUUCCCUAUAUCGCGACGGCGAUGGACAAUGAUCCCCGGUUGCGGGUGUUCUGGGCAGCCGGAAUCUAUGACCUCUCCACCCCGGCCUUCGGUGGGCGCUACGCGCUUGAGCAGGCCGGCAUACCCGCAGACAGGCUGACCGCCGCCUACUUCCCGGCCGGUCAUUCCGUCUUUGUCGGUGAAGAGAACCGCGCGCUUCUGGGCGAGGCGGUGCGCGCCUUCCUGACCGCGGAG